AUGAAAGAAACUUCAACAGAGGAGGAAAAGAGCUCAAUUGAGCCUCAUCAUGUAGGACUAUUAUUACUUAUUUUAGUAGGACUCCUUGCCUUUCAUUUAAGACAUAGGAUAAAAACGGCAAGUCUGAAAUUUAUACCAAGGAUGUUCAAAGAAUGCUGUCGAUGCAGAAGGCUGGAAAGCUUUGAUGCGGAUCUUGAACAAGGGCUCACCAGCAAUACCUUUGAUAUCAGCUCUAAUAUUGCCAAUGAAGACCUGAGAAAGGGACUUGACAGAAAAGCGAAAGAAAGUAUUAAAGAAAUAAUGAAUAAAAGUGGACUCAGUUUUGAUGAAGCAAGGUCCCAAUACACCCGGUCUCAACUUCAUGCUAAUGACAUUGACCACGAUGGUGUUCCAAGGGACCCCAAACUAAUCACCUUCGCAGACACGUGA